GCACACACAGAGCAGAGGCGGCAAAGCCCCUCACUGGAGCCAUGCAGGGAGGGGGAGGGGCCGUGCGUCUGUCAGCCGGAGCUAGAAGCGCUCGCAGGGCUCUCAGAGGCCAGUGACUGAGGCAGCACAGCAGCCAUGAGUUCCCUGCAAGAUGUCAUUGUCAUCGGUGGAGGCAUCUCAGGUCUUACUGCUGCUAAGCUACUUGUGGACUCGGGACUGAGUGUUGUGGUGCUUGAGGCAAGAGACAGAGUUGGAGGCAGAACACAUACUAUAAGAAACAAAGAAGUUCAGUAUGUGGAUGUUGGUGGGGCCUAUGUGGGACCGACUCAAAAUCGCAUUCUACGCGUAGCAAAAGAGCUAGGUUUAAAGACCUAUAAGGUGAAUGUGUCACAACGAGUUAUCCAUCAUGUUAGGGGAAAAACCUAUGCAUUUCAUGGAGCUUUUCCACCAGCGUGGAAUCCUUUGGUCAUUUUGGAUUACAACCAUCUAUGGAGGACAAUUGAUGAAUGGGGAAAGGAGAUUCCAGUUGACGCUCCUUGGAAAGCACCACAUGCUGAAGAGUGGGACAAAAUGACAAUGAAGGAGUUUAUAGACAAAGUUUGUUGGACAAAGGCAGCUAAAAGAUUUGCUCAGCUUUUUGUAAAUGUGAAUGUCACUUCUGAAACGCAACAUGUUUCUGUCCUAUGGUUCGUCUGGUAUACAAAACUCUGUGGCGGAACACAACGAAUGUUUUCAGUGGAAAAUGGAGGACAGGAGAGAAAGUUUGUUGGAGGUGCUGGUCAGGUUAGUGAGAAGUUAAUGGAGCUUCUUAAGGAUCGUGUUAAAUUAGAGAGUCCAGUGGUGAGGCUUGAUCAGACUGGUGAAAAUGUCAUUGUGGAGACCUUAAACCAUGAAGUCUAUCAGGCCAAGUAUGUAAUAAGUGCUAUACCACCAAUUUUAACUGCAAAGAUUCAUUUUAAUCCUGAGCUGCCACCUAUUAGAAAUCAGUUAAUUCAGAGGCUUCCAAUGGGAUCUGUAAUAAAGACCAUGAUGUAUUACAAGGAAGCAUUUUGGAGAAAUCUUGAUUACUGUGGAGCUAUGUUUAUUGAUGAUGAAGACACUCCAGUUGAGAUUACCUUAGAUGAUACAAAGCCUGAUGGUUCAUGCCCAGCUAUAAUGGGUUUCAUUUUAUCCAGAAGAGCAUCUAAAUUGACACAUCUUACUAAGGAGGAGAGAAAGAGAAGAAUAAGUGAGUACUAUGCCAAAGCAAUGGGAACUGACAAAGCUUUACAUCCUGUACAUUAUGAGGAAAAGAAUUGGAGUGAGGAACAGUAUUCUGGGGGCUGUUACACUUCCUACUUCCCACCAGGAAUCAUGACACAGUAUGGAAGUGUCAUUCGGCAGCCCUGUGGGAAACUUUACUUUGCUGGAACGGAAACCGCUACUCAGUGGAGUGGAUACAUGGAUGGAGCAGUCCAGGCUGGGGAGAGAGCCGCCAGAGAGGUAAUGUGUAAAAUGGGACUCAUUCCGGAGAAUGAAAUAUGGUUGCCUGAACCAGAGAGUGCGGAUGUUCCUGCACUACCAUUUAAUAGAUCGUUCUUGGAAAGAAAUUUGCCAUCAGCUCGAGGAUUUGUUAGGUUCAUUGGCUACUCUACAUUCAUUGCUUCGGCAACUGCUCUUGGGUUCUUUGCAUACAAGAAAGGCUUCAUUGCUCAUGUUAAAUAAGUUCACAAUACUGGUCUCAUUUUCAUGGUGACAAUCAGCCGAUUCUGUUGUGUUAUUUGGUAUACACAGCGUAUAAGCCACAUGCCACGUUAACCUUAUCUCUUAGGGCUCAUGCACACAAACAUAUUUUCUUUCCAUGUCCCAUCAUUUUUGGUUUUUU